GCCUGCCAGUCCCGAGUCUCAACAAAGGAAUUACGAAGCGGCCUCUGUGAGAAUCGGACAUGGGGAAGAAACAUAAGAAACACAAGGGUGACAAACACGGCUUCGAGGGAAAAACUGAGUAUGUGGAGAAGCCUUUGAAACUGGUUCUCAAAGUGGGAGGCAAUGAAGUGACUGAACUGUCCACAGGGAGUUCUGGGCAUGAUUCUGGUACUUUUGAAACCUUUGAAGACAAGUCUGAUCAUGAAAAGCAUAAGGACAAGAAAAAAAAAAAGAAGAAGAAAGGAGAAAAGGAGAAGCACAGCCCUGAACCAGAAGUAGUGGAGGAGAAAAAGAAAAAGAAGACAGAGAAGAAGAAGAGGAGUGAAGACAGUAUGGACACUGACAUGUUUGACCAGGAAAGGAGCCAGACCCCAUUAAGAGCAGAUCUGCUACCUGAAAAGUCUAUCAGCACAUCGCUAGCAAAGCCAGAGGAAAAGGAGCUGACACCUCUGCAAGAAGCUUUAACACAGUUAAUUCGUCAGCUUCAGAGGAAAGACCCCAGCGCCUUCUUUUCAUUCCCUGUGACUGACUUGAUCGCACCUGGAUACUCUUUGAUCAUUAAACACCCAAUGGACUUCAGUGCUAUGAAGGAGAAAGUGAAGAAGGAGGAGUACCAGUGUCUGGAAGAGCUGAAGGUAGAUUUUAGGACUAUGUGUGAAAAUGCAAUGACCUACAACAAGCCAGACACCAUUUAUUUUAAGGCUGCCAAGAAGCUUCUUCAUUCUGGAAUGAAAAUACUCAGCCAGGAGAGGAUUCAGAGUUUAAAGCAGAGUAUUGACUUCAUGACUGAUUUAGAAACCACAAAUAGCCUCAGAUGCAAGGAAGAAUUUUCCGGAACAUUGGGAGAAUCCAGCCGUCACUCUUUUCAGGAACAGGAAGAAUCCAUGGAUCUCUAUGAUGGAGCAAAGUCCCCCAGCAAAGCCAGCAAGGAAUAUAAAAGCCAGGAAAGCCAGGAGUUUUUGAAAAACAGCAGCACUGCUGUGUCUGAGCAAGAGCUGCAGCAAAUUGAGCAGCUCAUUGAAGAAUCGGGGGGCAAGUUAACACGGCGGGGAGUAGAAAGUCAGUUUCAGUUUGAGCGAAGACGAGCAGAUGGUACCACAUCACUAGGCUUUCUUAAUCCGUCAGAACUGUCUGUGGGGGACCCUGGGUAUUGCCCUGUGAAACUUGGGAUGUUGAGUGGGCGACUCCAAAGUGGCAUUAAUACCCUUCAAGGCUUUAAAGAAGAUAAACGCAACAAAAUAACUCCAGUGUCCUAUGUGAAUUAUGGACCUUACAGCUCCUACGCCCCAGUCUAUGACUCCAGCUUUGCCAACAUAAGCAAAGAAGAUUCUGAUCUUGUCUACUCCUUCUUUGGAGACGAGUCCAGCCUGCAGGGCUCAGACAGCAUUCAGGAGUUUCUGAUAAAAUCUGAGGACCAUAUAUACCGACAUGCUGACAACAUACUGGAUGCUGUGACCAAUGGGGAGCAUUCCAGAAGGUUGAGAGAAAUGAACAUGUUUCAGAUACAAGCACGGCACACCUGCUUCAGUGUCCUGACAGUUGACGAAAACGAAGAGUUUGCAAACCAGCUUGAACUGGCCAGCGACACUGAGGUUAUGGAAGCAGAUGCUGGCAGCAGGGUUAACUUUGCUUCUCUGAGUGCCGUGAUGGGUCUGGACAUUGAAUCACCUGCCUUUGACUCAAAAGAGGUACAAAUGUUCCAGCAGAAACUGGAUGAAACGACUCAGCUACUGCGAGAGCUGCAGGGUGCCCAAAAUGAAAGGCUUGGUGUGAAGCCUCCGCCGAGUAUCAUCUGUUUGCUUGCACCUUCGUCCAGAGAAAUCCAGCUGGCUGAGAAGGUAACUGAAAAUUUAAAGUUAAUGGCAAGUCAAGUGGCACCAGGGGACGUCACAAGUAUACACGGAAUUCGAAAGGCCUUAGGUAUCACAGUGCCACUCAGCAUGCAGGUGGAGCCCGAUCUAGACAUUACUACAGAUUCAUCAGCCAUCAACACUGAGAAUCAUCAGUCUUCAACUGUAAUUGUCAUCUAAUCGUGCCAAGGUUUAUUUUGUAAAUUUGCAUUGUUUGUGGUUUUUGUAUUGUACAGAUUUUUUAUACAAUAAAUCUCAUUUGCUAACUGUUUA